GGCUAUUUCUGGCAUGAAAAUUGAACCUACAAACGACCGGUAACAUCAAGCAGUGACUGGUCGUUUGGCUGUCUGAGCCACCAUGAAGUAUAUUUUCUUUUUCGUCGCAGUGAACCUAGUGGUCAGCUUCCUUGUGUAUAUCACCAUAGUGUCCAACUUCUGGGCAAGCAGCACUACACUAAGCGCUUUCAACAUUUUUGAGCAGAAGUCAAUUGAUAGCGAACUGUCUGUCAGGAAUUUGACAAUCAGUCAUAACGAGCUGACUGACAACAUGACAGUUCAAGCCUUGAGCACCACCCAUCCCUCCACGUCUGUUGUGACAAUGUUGCCCACGUCUGGCGUCCAUACAGAAGGUGAACCACUGUACGUGGUCGCUUUAGAGGAAACGCUUGUAGGCCGACUCGGCAACCAAAUGUUUAUCUACGCCGCAAUGCUGGGCAUUGCCAGGACACAGAACAGAAUUCCGUUGAUCGUGGAUGGCACCUUGUUGGAAAAGGCCUUUCAGUUAAACCACAUAGGCAGGGUUAACACUACUGGCUGGAAAACGAUGGUCCACUCAAAGCACGGUACAUUUGACCCAACUUUCAUGAACCUGCCUAAAAUCAAUGUCAUUUUAUACGGCUGCUUUCAGUCGUGGAAAUUUUUUGUGCACGUUGAAGACGAGAUUCGACGAGAGUUUACGUUCCAUCCAAACAUCCACGAGAAGACAACACGUUUCUACGGCAGCUUACGUCAGAAUAACACGGACACAGUCUUUGUUGGUGUUCAUGUCAGGAGAUCCGACUUUUUAAGUGCGGUGAAUGUAAACUCAGGGUAUGGUGUACCGCAGAUGUCAUAUUUCAUAAAUGCGAUUAACUACAUUAGGAGAGUAGUGUCGAACAACACAAUGUUUCUGGUCGCCAGUGACGACAUGGAAUGGUGUAAGGGAAAUUUUAACGACUCAGACGUGAAACUGUUAGAGCCGGACUCAGCAGAAAAUCACUUGAGUAUUUUGUCUAGGAGCGAUCACGUGAUAAUCUCUGGAGGAACUUAUGGCUGGUGGGCAGCUUGGCUCACUAAAGGUCUCAAGAUUUAUUUCAACGGUUUUCCUAGUCCAGGCUCAAAGCUAAUUAAAAACUUAAAGAAAGCUGAUUAUUACCCAAAGGGUUGGAUUGCUUUAGAUAAUUAA